GGAGCCACAGUGUUGUGCACUUCACCAGUGUGUGUCCGGAGAUCUCACCGUCACCACCUCCUAGCCCGCCGACCCCACUGCUGAAAAUGGUGACAUUACCGUUCAAAAUCCUGGUUAAUAUUAUCCUGAGCAGCACUGUGCAUGACCUAGUGAGCAGUGACCCCACUCCCAACUGCCCCAACCCUGACCAGAUCUUCCCCUGCACCUGCUCCGAGUCCACCUUCCCCAACUUGAUCAUGGACUGUUCAGACGUUACAAGUGAAGAGGAGUUAGCCGCAGUGUUCAGUGCCAACUUCCCCAAGCUCAACUUCCACGAGUUCAUAAUGAGGAACAAUACCCACGUGAGGGUGCUGAGAGAAGGGGCCCUGGGCAACACCACCUACCAGGAGUUCAGUAUUACCAAUGGUGUCUUGGAGGAGAUCGAGGACCAUGCCCUCUCCGGCAGCUUCUCUACGGCUCAUAAAUUUGAUUUUUCAUUUAACAAGAUAUCGACGUUUCCUUUCCAAGAUCUCUCACAGUUUCCCAAACUCUUACAACUUUACCUGAACACGAACAACCUGACGGAGUUCCCGCAGAUGGUGUCGCCGAGCCUGCAGUGGCUGGAGAUGGCGGAGAACCCUCUGGGGUACCUGCCGGCUGAUGCCUUCACGUACCUGCCCUCACUCAUCCUCCUCACACUCUCCUCCGACGACCUCCACGAGAUCAUCCCAGGCACUUUAUCAAACCUCUCCAACCUGGAAUACAUUACUCUCUCCAAGAACCACUUCACGCACCUCUCCAAGGACGCGGUCCACCUCCAAAACCUUCGCGGAAUGGUGAACUUUUCCUUCAACAACAUCACAAACGUUGCCGUCGACGCCUUUGAAGGUAUGACCUCGGGGCAGAUCUACCUCAGCCACAACCAGCUCACAACGCUCCAGGAAGAGGUGUGGCGCCCUCUUCUGGAACUGGAAAUCUUCAUCACAGCUGACAACAACCCCUUCACGUGCGGCUGUGACAUGGCCUGGGUGGUCCUCAACACCAACUUCAUCUACCUCUUCAGCUACACCACCAAGUGCGACGACGGUCGAUAUUUCCGAGAGCUUGACCCAGCUGACUAUGUCCUGUGUUAGAGACAGAGCCACGACGACCUCGGGCUCUCCUGCAGUGUAAGUCACCUGUGCCUCCAGCUCCAUCACUGAGACUCUGGGAUUUAUUGUGAGGAGCCAAGCUGGGUUCCGCGAGCCAUGGAGUCGUUACCACAGGUCACAGUACGGAACCUCUUCUGAAUAUGUACACUUUCCACCUACCUCAGUUUAUCCGUUAGCUUUCACGUGUUUUGAACCUGGUAGUUAUCUGUGAACAUUCAGUCCUCAAAUGAGCACAUGUGUCCUGUCUUUGUUCAUUUAUAUUGAGGACCAAGGCUGCCUGCACAGUUUCACGGCCUUCAGGCCUAUCCGUGAGUCUUCAGCGUUAUCUGUAAGACUGGGGUUCCUAGUGAUGCUUUAAAAUAUAGAUGCUAUCGGAUCACAUGCAAGAUUACCUAGGCACUGGGGCCAACUGGAGUUUCCGAAAACGUAUGUGAUGGCCUUGAAACCAUUUGUGGCUCUGAAUGACCAACUCUUACGCUUCAAAACCAUGUUAACUUUCUGGGCAGCCUGUCUGCAUAAACAAAGGCCAAAGUCCAUUCCAUGCACCAGCCAAACCUCCCUGUUUACGAAUGAAAAACGGUUUACACACGACUCACAACUGAUGACGUUCGAACACUUUUCGAACAAGUCCUUCGCUAACGACUUUAGUUCGAACCACAACGCUGUACCUGCUUGAUGGGGUUCUCGGAGUUCUUCUACUCCCCAAGCCCGACCCGAGGAAUGGACUUAGUCGGAGGACAGGUUGCUCUGGGGAUCAACAUGGAGGCUUCGAAAUCAUGUAUCAGGUUCUGGGAACCAACUCUGAGGCUUUAGAACAAAUAUAUAUAUAUAUAUAUAUAUAUAUAU